GUGGGCGUGAUGUCCAGCAACACAAGCGACUAAAGUCUUUGUGUGGAAAAACUCACGAAACUCAUCGCAGAGAGACCCAACACUAAAAGGAACGACCCCUCGAUAAAGUCACGGCGCUGAAAUUCGGAAGGAAAUUGAUUAAGAGCUUUAACCUUGCUUGGCAAUGACUACUGAAGGAGAUCCAACUGAUUGGGUAAAAGUGCUUCACCUUUUGGUGAUUUCAUUCACCUGGGGAAUGCAAGUGUGGGUGUCUUUCAUAGCAGGAUUUGUGCUGAUUUCCCAGGUUUCCAUGCACACGUUUGGUCUUGUCCAAAGCAAAUUGUUUCCUUUUUAUUUCAACUGCCUGUUGGGUGGUAAUGCAGUAAAUCUGGCCAUAUAUGCAGUGUACCAUCCUAGAGAACUGUUGGACUGGCACGAGGGCGUACAGAUGAUUUUGUUUUUUGUGGCCGUGAUUAUGGCCGGUCUGAAUGUGCAGUGGUUCGGCCCGUCUACCACAGAGAGCAUGGAGGUCAUGAGAGAGAUCGAGCAGGAACAUGGUUUGGGAGCGGAAGUGGGCAUGGGAUCCAACAGGGAAGGAUAUACCAAACUCCGCGAGCAGGAUCCGAAGUACAAGGAACACAGAGCCACUUUCUAUCGCUACCAUGGUCUGUCCAACCUUUGUAACCUGGCUGGCUUUAUCUCCACUACCAUUAACCUCAUUUACCUGGCUCUUAAUUUAGGAACUAUAUGAGUGUUGUGUGUCACUACAGAAGAGUAUAUGAAGCUGACCGGGAGAGGUUUCAGAUCAUUUUUGUGUGCCCGUGCCUUUAAAAGGUUUCUUUUUUUGGCUGGAUGUAUUGAAUAUCAGUAACACUUUUAGUUUGUAUACAAUGAGAAUCCUAAGUGUACUUCAUGGUGUCAAGAACAAAUCAGACUCCUUUAAGUGGACCAAAAAUGUGAACUAGGCAAAUUGUUAUUUGUUAAUUAUUCAUUUUCUUCCAAAAUCUACAAUAAUGAUGCCUUAUCAUUGAAAGGCUGGUUAAAAUCCCAAGCCUCUUUUUUUUAACAUGUUUUUAAAUGUAUGCUUACAAUGCAUUCAAGGUAUACAUUUUAUCAGUAAGUGUUUUCCCUGGGUGUAACCUUAAUGUAAAACUGAUGGAAGACUUGCUCUAUAUAUUUGGCAGUAUUUUGCCCCAUGACAGUAUCUUUUAUAAUUGCAUUAAAAAUGUCAUUAAUCAAAAA